UUCAAUCACUGGUUCAGUCUUGUAUCAUCACUGUGGGACUGCAAAGCAAGAAUCGCUCGCUGCACUACAUCCUCCAGAACUCUCUGUAUAAUGAAACAAAUCUACUGAGACUGAAAGGAUGGAUACUAGGACCUGGGAAAAACUCUUCCACCAGGACUGACUGCUCACUGCUGUAAAUAUAGCAGAGGAGUCAGACACACCUCGCAGAGGGGCUCAGUUUGCUGGCAGUCCUGAAAGCUGCUGCUGCAGAACAGGCUGAUCCUGCAAUGAGGUCAUGCGAAAGGAUCCACUGCUUCCUCUGCGGUGUCAGGUUUGCUACCACGCUGCUCUAGUGACGUUUCUGUAAGGGUCCUGCUGGAGUGCUGAGGCCUGGGAGGAGGGUGUGCGAACUGGUCAGCGGACAUGCUCCAGCUCUGCAAGAUCACAGACUCGCUGCUGAUCGGCAACGCCCGGUCCGCCUGCAGUGAGGAGCUCAUCCUCCGGGAGGCCGUCACGCUGUGCAUCAACGUGUCCGUGCAGCAGCCCUUCCCCAGCGUGCGCGUGGGCACCCUGCGCGUGCCCAUCUACGACGACCCCGCGGAGAACCUGUACAGGCACUUUGACCACUGCGCCGACGCCAUCGAGAGCACGGCCCGCCGCGGCGGGCGCAGCGUGGUGUACUGCAAGAACGGGCGCAGCCGGUCGGCGUCCAUCUGCGUGGCGUACCUGAUGAAGCACAGAGGUCUGUCCCUGCAGGAGGCCUUUCAGAUGGUGAAGUCAGCCCGCUCAGUGGUGGAGCCCAAUGAGGGCUUCUGGGCCCAGUUGCAGCGAUACGAGAAGGAGCUCGAGCGGAGGCGAACUUCGGUCGGGGGCAACAGGGAUUCCAGCCUGCACUGCACUGACACCCAGGAUGCACCAGGGGGCGGCCAGGAGUGAACCUAGAUGACCAGGCACCCCAGGCUCAAGCAAGCUGGGGCACAACAGAAUUCUGUCAUACUGUUCACACACAGAAGAAACUCACCUGUCUUUGGCCUGUUGUCGUGUGUUUUACUUGUAGGAACACACUUCUGUCUUAUGGAAACCUGGGCACUUUUGCAACCCCCAGACACACUGAAGACUAUAUUAAAGAAAAUGGUUAUAUUAUCUACAGUUUACUACCAUGCUUUACUUGCUGAUAAAUCCUGCUACGUUUUGUUGUCAUGAUUUACUUGCUUGAAAGACACUGUAUCCAUGGUGUGUGUAGCUUGUGAUCUGUGUUGAUAGCGUUCAGGUACAGGGCUAACAGGGACAGCAGGCAAUGUUAUUAGUGAAGUGUGCAAACCAGAAGUAAACCAACUUAACUUUCACCAUU